CAAUUUGAGAAAGAUUGAAAUAGCUAAUGAUAUCUAUGUUGUCAGUACUGGUACACUGGUAGAGGUGUUUCGAGAUAAGUUUGAGAAACUACCUUUAAAUUGCAAAAUCAGUUAUAAGACACGUAUAGUAACAUAUGGCGCAUUGAUAGUUGAAGUUCAAAUUCAAUUACUAACACUAGUAGUAGUAACACUGUAGUUAGUACUACCAAUACUAAUAGUAAUACUAAUUACGAGAAUUAUUAGUAACUUUCCUAAGAUUGAAGGAAUAUCAUAAAUAAUGAUAAACUAUUAAAAGCUGACCCAGUGCCCAUUAUUAUUCUGUUGAUAUAAAUGUAACAGGUCAAUGUGACAGUACAGAUGAAACAUCUUUGGAGUUUAGAUUUUAAGAAGUGAAGUGUUUCCUACUUCAUUGUAAGAACUUGCUGCCUGUACUUAAUUAAAAAAUAGUAGUAAUCUUUAACAGAAGUACUUGCAAUGAAAAUGUCAGCAUUUCUAAAAGUGCAGUCUAUGUGGGAACCUUACUCCCCAGAUUCUCUGCUUGACAUUUGUAUCAAAUAUUGUUUAGAAAAUGACUACAUCAUAUGCAACAUAAACACAGAUAAAGACAGUGAACAACAAACAUCUAGUCUGCGAGAAGGAAUCUCUCUUCAGCUGGGAAUAUGUGAAAGGAUGUUACAAAUAUAUCAAGAAAGAAUGCAUCGUACAGUUGAUGAUACUUUUUUAUGUGUUUUUAAUGAUCCUGUAAAAACAAGAUUGAAAAAAGUAGACUUGUAUAAUUCUAAUAUUACUGAUGAUGGAUUAGAAACUGUUCUCAGACAUGAUAUAGAUGAACUAGGCAUUUCAAACUGCUUUAAUCUGACAGAAAGGUCAUUAGAACUGAUAAAUAGUGCUGGUUCAAAUAUACUGUCAUUAUGUAUCGGGACAACUGUGCAAAUAUUUCAGCAUAAAAUGUUAUUUUUUGAAUUAUUUAUGGGAGAAGAACCUGAAAAAACUGAAAUGUUUAUACUUAAAACUCCAAACUUGAGAAAAUUAAUUUUUAAAGGCCUUGAAGUUGAAGUUCCAACACAUUAUGAUUUUUUCUCGGUUCUUUUAAAGCCUUUAAAGAUGCUGGUACAUUUGGAUCUUUCAUCUUGUUCUCCUCUCAAAGACUUGAGCUGCCUUAAAACACUUGAGAACCUAAUAUCACUUAUUUUGUAUGAUGUACCAAAGCUGCACAAACAUAUAACAACUAUUUGUCAGCUAAAGAAAUUAAGACAUUUAGAUAUAUCCCAGUUUGGUGAGCAGUACAGUUUGUAUGAUGACCCAAAUCAGAUUUUGAGAAAAAUUAUAGAGAGUUUGCCCCAUCUCACUUCAUUGGAUAUUUCAGGCACUAACCUAGCUGGGCCAUGUGUUCAGGAAAGGUUAACUCCUGAAGAAUUGAGUUCAGACAGGAACAUGACUCCUGUACCUCUAAGUGAUAUUCCAGGUUUGAGAAAGAGAUCUGAUAAUCCUUUGGAAUUUUUAGGACUUUAUGGAACUCUUCAUGAAGCUUGUUAUCGACACCAUAUUCCUGCAAAGAAAAUUUCAGGGGAUGCUAAUGAAGAACAAAUAUUUACAGCUGCCCAGGUGUAUUAUGAUAGACCUGAGUGUCUUCUGGAAAUUUUGAAUAAUCUUGCCGAUGUCUUUCGUUAUAGUUCUUGCAGUAAUCUAAAGCUGGUCUUGGAUAUAGUAUUGAUGUCUAUGAAUAGACAUAUACAUGAAAAAUCUAUUCAAAGUGCUGGAAGUGCAUUACUCUACUACAUUGUCAGAGGAGAAGAAAAACUGAAUUUUGGCAUUUAUGUCAAAAGAAACAUUAUCAGAACAUUAUUGGAUGCUAUGUGCAGAUAUGAAAAUGACAGAACUAUGCUACGAAAUAGCUGUUUGACGCUUAUUCAUUUUAAAAUUUCUCAAGAUAUGAUGCUUGAAUAUGAAAAAUUGGUGGAUGUCUUACUUUGUAUUGUGUCCAAGGAUUAUCAAGAUAAAUUUGUUCAGCAAAUUAGUAUCUAUAUGUUGAACAGCCUUGCUUGUGAAGCAGAUGGUGAGCAGAAAAAAGUUAUCGGGGAUCGAGGAACCGUUCAAGUAAUGCUUCAGUUGAUUGAGAACCAUUUGAAUAGAAUGGUUUGUGACGAGGUUAUGGAAACAGCUUGGAGCACCAUGUGGAAUUUAACAGAUGAGACACCUGCUAACUGUAAACGGUUUUUGGAUGGUAGAGGAAUGAAGCUGGUUUUAAAAUGUUUAAAGACAUUCCCAUUCAAGGCAAGUCUGCUUGGUAACAUGAUGGGAUUACUGGGAAAUGUGGCAGAAGUCAAGUCAUUACGACCAAGGCUUAUGACAGAAGAAUACAUUCAAGUGUUCUGUAAUCUACUAGACAGUACCAGUGAUGGUAUUGAAGUUAGUUACAAUGCAGCAGGAAUACUUUCUCAUAUUGCUUCAGAUGGUGUAGAAGCUUGGAGAGAGUCUUCUAUUACCACACUUAAACGAGAGGAUGUUUUGAGAAGAAUGGUUCAAGCCAUUGAGAGAUGGCAUUUGGAUAGUUCACGAAAAAUUCAUUAUAGAUCAUUUGAACCAAUUCUGCGUUUAUUACAUGUUGACCAUACUCCUGAAGCUCAUCAUUGGGCUGUAUGGGCUCUUGCAAACUUAACACGAGUUUAUCCUGAAAAAUACUGCUCACUGAUUAGAAGUGAGAAUGGCAUUGAACUGUUAGAAAGAUUACUUGAGAAUCCUGUAUGCUGUCAACAGAUAAGGGAUCUUGCUCACAUGGUUAUAGAACAAUGUAAAAGUUUUAAAGCAGAGGAAAUCAAUGAAGAGGACAGCUAACACUUUUCUUUGAAGAACAGACAGACUCUUUUAAUAACAUACAAAGAAAAUAAUAAAUUCUUCACCUUCAGAAUUUGUUUAAUUUUUUUUUUUUUACAUGUAAAUGUGCUUGGAUUUCUUUUAAAAAACUGUAGUCCUUGUUGUUUGAGUAAUUUAGAUACCACAUAAUAUAUAAUACAAAAGCUACUCUACCAAAAAAACUGUGAAAGUUUGUUAAAUAUUUUCGGAAUUAUAUAGUGCAUGCAUAGGAUACAUUUGGGUACUCCUUUUUGCUUGAGAUUUAUCUGCCUAUUUCUUAUGUCCUGUAUUUGGGAAUUGCUGAACAUUAAUUUCAUGCCUUUUCCUGUCCAACAAGGAUUGUUAUGUCAGAGGGUGAAAAAAGUGAAUGUUUAAUUUUUGUAUACGUACAUUAAUCUUAUUUUAUUUGUGUUAAUGUUUUGCAAAGGUUUUUGUCUGUUUCAUUAAAAUACAUUUUCAAAAGUU